GUUCCCAGGCGUGCGGAUAUUUCCGCGCCGCGCGGACAUUCCCUAUACCCGCGCGGACAGCGUACGGACAAAAACCUUAUGGGAAAAUUUUUCCCUAUCUUAUUUUGUCCGUACGCUCGCCCGGCCCUGUCCGUGCGUCUGUUUAUCCGCUUUUCUUUGCAAUAUUUAUUACUUUUGCGUAAGUUAUUGAUACAAUGAUGUUUAGUAUGAAAGCCGGGUAUCGUUUGGGAACAAAUUACAUACUUUUCGCAUUAAUUAUAUUGUAUUCUUAUCAAAAUUCAGUCAUUUCAUUUAUGUCCGUGCGCCCGCCCGGCCCAGUCCGUGCAUCUGUUAAUCCGCUUUUCUUUGCAAUAUUUAUUACUUUUGCAGGACAUAGGUACUUGAAUGUCACAAGAGAUCAAGAGAACAUCAACAUCAUCAACAAAACAACAAAACAGCCGGAGCCGGAACCGGAAACGGAAACGGAAUUCACGGAACACGGACGGAGCACGGAGCGGCACGGAUAUACACGAGCCUCCCCGAGUUCAUCCGGAGAGCGUACGGACAUUUUAAGAUAGGAGCACCUGGGAACACUGAAAGUUGCUGUGUUGAAAAUUGCUUCACAGAAUACGUGUUUACAGAUUGAAUAAGUCAUUUCACCGUAGUUUUUCAGCACCUUGAAGUUCAAAAUUUCGAAGUUUUACGCAUCUGGUCAAUCAGUUUUUAAUUUAUCCCCCCACUGAACUGUUUUAGAACACAAAUGGGUCGCAAUCGCAGCUAAAAAUUCGUUUUAAGAUUCUCAACUUUAACUUGGUCUCAGCUUGAAGAAUCUGUAGAAGCAACAGAAUCGAGCAACAUGGUGUCAACACGGCAGCAAAGUAGCGUGGGAGGCAGCAAUGAGAAUUCAUCGCACGGCUCCAGCGAAACGCAGCAAAUUAGCAGUACUAGAUCGGGACGUACAAGUGCACAUAACGCUCAUCCCACAUCCGAGCUAUGGAAGUCGGGAUCAGCAAAUGCAGGUGCUGCCUCGACUGUGGCAACACCGUCAACAUCCAAAGCACCGCCAAAUUUCCUAGACUUUCCUACUGAAAUAAUAGAGAAAAUAGUCAAUUAUCUAGAUUACAAAAAUAUUUCGCAUUUAAGAUUGGUCUGUCGACGAAUGGACAAGAUUUGCGGAGGAAUUCUAAAUUCAACAUUCCAACGCUUACAGCAGUCAAUGUUGCACAGAUUUAAGAGUAUCAAAGGUCAAAUGCCCAGGAGGGAAUCUGCACGCAGAGCACACCCGCUAGCUUGCGAGAGUGACAUAGUUGAAACUCUUCACAUGCGACUUACUCUUCUGCAAAUGUCGUUUGGGAAACACAUUGAGCGCAAACACUGUUGCUUUUUUGCAGGCGAGAUUUUAGAUGAAGUCUAUCGAAUUCUUCAUUACAUCAAAGUAACUCCAAAACUGGCUCGCCCCUAUAAAGUAACGGAUGAACUGUUCGAUCUCUCAACAAUGGCAAUGGAGUAUUUCAAGGACCACAUUGAGCCAACUUUACCAGAAAUAGCUUAUUUUGGUUCAGACUUUCUAGAUUUUUCCACUUCAUUACCUGCAUCAGCAACCAACAAAUAUCUCUGUCUGGACAGUCCACCGCACAUGGGAAGCGGGAAAGAGGAUGGAUCCUCUCCAGGGCACCAGAGCGGAGACGAUAGAGACAGAUCUACUCCCUCAAUCCAGACACCGACGUACAGUAUAGCGUUCCGGAGGCGUUUCCGUAAAAUGAAGCAGAGCAUGCGGAGGUAUAGCUCUCAGCUUAGUGUUCUUCGACGAGAUGUUAAACAAUAUAAAAACAAGAUUAGCGAGCAGCAACGUACAAUCGUGGAUCAUGGCAAUCGCUUAGAAGAAAAUGACAAGAAAAACGAAGAAAUAAUGGCUAAAUUUGGAAUCAUCAUUCAGGAGUUGAACAAGUGCAAGACGGAGUUGCAGUAUUGGAGGUCCAAAUCCCCUCUCAAUCCUUUAAUGUGCGUAUCUUGUGGAAAGCCAGGCACUUCGGGGUCACCUGAUGAGCCGCAAGGACAGGCAAAUCCGAACGCAAUGCUUGCUUUAGAAGGCUUUGGCAACUUCGACCUGAUGAAUGGUCUAGAGCUGUUCAACAACCCGAUGACUGCAAGCGUAGCCCCAGUUGCAGGCCCAAGCGGUGAAGAAAUGGGUGGAGCAUCUCAGUGGCAGGGACCAAGCGACCCGCCCCCUGCUCCGUCAACUUCCACACGGUCCGCAGCAAUAGGCGUCAAACGCAAGUCUACCUCUAGUGACAACAAGCAGACCCCGCUCACCUACAAGAAAUCUAGAAAUGCUGUGAAGCUGCGCAGCAAGAGAAUCUAAAGCGGACGGAUUAUCUUUCGACUAGAGCAGUAAUAAGCAGGCAGUUUCACACGUAACCGAUGUGAGGAAGCUUCCAUCAGAAAAUUUAGUUUUCUCUUUAUGAACAGGCUGAUUUCAAUCUUUAUGACAUUAUCUGGAGAUUGUCGGUAAAGAAUGGUCACAUAUUAGAAACUAGUUGUGCGUUUGUACACUAAGUGAUUUUGAGGUAAACUUUUGUAGAUUGUGUGUUUACUGCCUGGCUAAUUUACAGUAGCUCUUAAGCAGCUAUCUUUACCUGAUCUUGUGUCCACCGCAACCGUACAUCAUGAUCAUCUGUACUUGGCUCGUCAAGUUUUGUACUCAUCAUCAAAAUUGAUGACUGAGGGCUGUAUUCAUUCAUAGUCCUCAUUUGGUUUGUAUUGUGCUUAUAUUGAGUUUAAGGAAGGCCUCAAAAUAGUAUUAACCAAAGGACAAUUUUCAGUACAAUUCAGCCCGAUAACUUUCUAAAUGGGUCCUUAAAAAUGUUUAAAAUGAUUUACCUCUCAGAAAAAUACAUAAUGCGAAGGUAAAUGAAUUCCAAGUUUUGUAAAUUUUAAGGUUGGUUGGUACCUUACCCUUAAGUUUCUCAAAAUAAUGAAGUUUUUUUUCUUUCAUAUUUCGUACUCUUGGCGGUGACAAAUCAUUGUGAUCCCUUGCAAAGACCUAUUUCUAAAGUUAAACUGCUGAAUCUUAUUUGAAGUUGGCAAAAUUGUCCUUUUUAUGACUAUUUUGAGGGCCUCUUUGAAUCUCCUAUAAUCAUAAUAUAAACCCUCAUGGGGCCCACUAGUGAAAGGAGCUGUUUAAGGAAUGACUAUAAAUACGACCUUGAGCCCUUAAUGUUUUUACUUCACUUUCUAUGCUUGAAUUAGAAUGAAUGCUUUCUUAAAUAAUUUCUAUUCACUGAAUAUUUCAUGCCAAAAGAGUUAAUUCGGGAGGAUUUUGAUUCUGCUUGACAUUAUCCGUCAAAAAAUUUGAGUAAGAUGUUGAAUACGUUGGUUGCACUUGUUUCAAAUUCUCGAUUUAAUAAUUAAAUCAUAAAAUCUAUGUCGCAAAUCAACAGAGAAGAUGAUGUUUCCAAGAAAACUUUUAUAUAUUUACUUUCACACACUUACAUCAAUGUUUAAACAUAUCUACUUCAGUCAAAUGGAUGGCAGUAUUGACUGAGGUCUUCAGAAGUCACCAUUUCAGUUAAUUUCGAUCCAGGAUUUUGAUUUUUGAUCAGUGUGAUUAUUUUUAGCAAUCUUUAAGUAUUUAUGAUUAAGACAUUGUUCUUAAAUAGAUGCAGCCGGCCCCAGUAGCCUAUUUUCCAUGGUUUUGGUAACUUAGUUUCCAAGUCAAGAAUUUUAAGAGGUCUCUUCCCUUCAUCUUAAGGCGGGCGUAGAUUCCGCUUUCCUUUUAUUAUCGGAUGCAUUCGCGUAAGAAGUAUGUUUCGCAGUAGUGCUUUUCUUUUAAGUCUGUAGACACAUCAGAGUUCGGCAACUGCAUCAUGGAAUAUUCCCAUAACUUUUGAACGAUAAAGUUUUGACAAGGUGCUACUACGUCUUUGUCUUUUGAAAGAAGAAAAACGAUCAAAUGAUCAAUCUUCAGGGCUCAAAGAAGUUCAGUUCUAUGGCAAAGUUACCAUCUUGAAAGGAAGGUUAUUUUUUUAUGUAAAAUCAAUUUUUUUUAGCGUUCCAAUCCAACCCUAAAUUUCAUCAUGGCUUACAAGUACAGUCUAUCUGAAAAUCUUAUUUAUUUUUGUUUGAAAAUUUAAUCUAUGAUAACUAAACUUGACUGAAGUACUUUUUCCAAACUUUACUGGGCGCAGGACUAAUGCAGGUAUCUUUAAAUUAAUUUAAGGACCUGAAAUAUCUCUCAAAAUUGUAAACAAAUUUUAGACAAGAAUUAAAGUUCUCGCUUCUGUUCAUCAGAUUCGAUUAAAAUCCCUAGCAGUUGAAUAAGCCCAUUUCCACUCAUUCUUUCUGAUCUCACCAACCAGGUCAUGCAAGUUGCCUUUUUUUGUUGACAUCAUGUUGUGUGCUCAUCAUGAAGUAAAUAUUGCACCCUUUUUUUAGAAAAUAGGUGCAUCUAUGAGAUUUACUUUUGGUCAAAGCCUUUCUGAUAAUUCGUCUGUAAACUCAAGGCAUAAUCAAAGUCAAGUUCACUUAGUUGACCGUGCUAACAAGUUGUCGUAUGUACCAGAUGACGUUCGGUGGGUUACUUGAUCGUGUAAAAAUAGCCCAGAGGUUGAAGGUGGUCCAGUGUUUGUCGAUCGCUUCCGUUCUAAACUGUCUGCGCACAAAAUAGUCGAUACACUAAAGCCGUGUGUCGAGACGGGUGAAAUCAACGAUGGCGACUUGAUUAGAAUUGUCGUGGACACUGUUCAAAUUUAGCUUAUUUGUUUCAAUUUCACUCGUGUAAUUAUGAUUAACCUAGCGUCAUUUUCCCUUUUUGUAUCAUUACUAGACUGUAUGUAUUAUUUUUUUGUGUAAGAAUCAAUUUUUAAUCCAAUACUGAUAAGAAACUGAGAAACAAUUUAUUUAUUUAUAGGUUCAAAUUGAUUUAUUCUGUAUCAUGUAAAUAUGUAGGAAAAUAUUUCAGAAUUUUCAAAAUAUCCUACGAGUGAUUCGAAUUUUUCUCGAAAAUUUCGGAGGAAAGGUACUUUUGUGUUAACUUACCUGACCAUUUUCCAAAUACUCCAAAAUUUUACCCUUUAAGUUCUUUUUCGAACUAGAAAUUUAGACUUUUUAUCUGUUCAAUAUUUAUUUUUAGCUAUUUAUUUAUUUAUUUAUUUAUUUUUGUUUCCUAAAUUACUUGAUUUAAAUUUCCAGAAUGCGUACCACUUGAAAACUCAUUUCGCGUCGAGGAAAUCAUGUAAACUUUUUUCUUCUCAAGAUUGCGCGGAGAUUGUAAUUUGCAAAGCAAUAUUGCACCUCCUGACUUUCAAACUGAUUUCCUAGAUUAAUUUCAUACACUCACAACUACUUAUGCCAAAGUAUCUGGGAUCACAGCCCAGAAGUCAAUUCGUCAAGAAACACAGCAACUCAAAAAUCGUAUGUUUUCUGACUCUAAUUUUCUCUUUUCUUCCCCUAGGAAUUUCAUUUUCUCAUAAUAAACUAUUUUGCCUCCUGAAUAAAUUUGUUAUUUUUACUCUUGCAACUAAUCCACUCACUAAGAAUACAAACCAAUGACAAAAGGUACUGUCACAGUUAAAAAUAUGAGUGCUAUCAUUCCAUCACAACUCAAUCAUAAAAAAGCUUAGGAGGUUCUGAACAACUUCAAAAAACUUUGUUUCAAAAGUUUUUAUUUCUGUUGACUUUUUAGAACUUGUAAAAUGUGUAAAAUAAAAUCUCAGACGCAUGAGGUUGAAAAUAAGUGGCGCCUCUUGUCGGUGAAAACAAGACCCACUCCUUCAGACGGCAACUUUUCUCUUUUAAAUUAAAUAGGCUGCGCUUUUUAAAAGGUAAUUGCUGUUAAAUUUAAAUGCAUUCGCUGUACCUGAUUUUCCUUUGUAUUGAUCACAAAGUUAUUUUAAUCUUACUCAAUUUGCCUAUCAAAUACUUUAGAGAUUGUAGAGGAAUUUCAGCAGGUAGUGGCUAGUUUGAGAUUUGUCGCAGUCAAAACUUGUUUCUGAUUUCUUGCUAUUUUUCGGUACUUAUGCCCCAAAGACUGGAAAUAAUCAAUGAUACAAAGUAGAUAUUAUAAUUUUCUACUAAUAUUUAAUAAAUUAGUCAAUGCAAAAAUGAGUUCAAAUUCAUCCUGUUUAUUUGAUUCUACAAAAGAAUAUUUUGUACUACUUUUCAGCUGCAUGUAAGGUUUCAGGUGUGAAAUUUUCAAACUCUCAUGAGCCUCAAGUUUAACCUAAAUCCACAAAAAACCUAACAGAUAAUAAUUCUGUCAAUUAGAAUCAAUACUUCUAAAAAUGUUCCAACUUGUAUUCCUAAUAUCUAUAUUUUUCCUGAUAAUGAUCACCUCAACACAAAUAUUCCUAAUAACGGUUGUAAGAUAAAAAUUUGGCUCUCUAGAUUGUUCCAGUUGAAAUGAAUAGCAUCGACCAAAGUAGUCACACAUUACAUCAAGAGUUUUAAAUGAAGAUGAAUGUGCUUUAGUGUAGGACUGGUAGUAUAUGGUAGAUAAGGACUCUAACGGAACUACAAAAAUCCACACCCAGCUACACUUUAAUUUUGAGGAGUCCCAAAAGUCGUUUUCUGUGACCUAAAAACAAAAAAAUAUCAUGGCUCAGUUUUUUUCUUCAAAAGUUACAGGGGUGUCCUAAAGUUGGUGGUAGAAGAUUUUUGGAUCACUUUGCAUAACUAGCCAGCAAUGUUUUUAUUACACUUGCCAUACCUGUUGACAUUAUCCUCUGCGUCAAUGCAAACUCUAGUUUAUCUUACCUUGAUGUCAUCCAUCCAUAGAUGAAUACAAUUUUUGCUAGUUGCUUCAAGCCCUAUAAUCUGUCUAACCAAGUUGAAAAAACUAUGAACAACCCAGGUAGAAAAAAAUCAAUCCUCGUGCUUUUCAGUGAUCGAUAGUUUUGCGAGUUUCAAAUAGAAACUUUGCAUUCGGAAUGAUCUGAUUAUAUUUUGCUACUUUGUGGGCAACAGCCCCUAUAGCAUGUUUCUGCUACACAGGCACUGACCUAUCAUAUUUUAAGCAGAAGAGAUUUAAAUACAUUUCUAAACCCAUACAUUGCUUUUUAGAUUUCAGUAGAUGUGUUCAGUGUCUUGCUUUUGAUCACGUUUGACGAUUCAGUUGUCUAAUAUAUUGGUUGCGUUGCUUCACAACAUGAUGCUUAGAUUUCUAAGUUAGUUGUAAGUAGUCUAAUUUUUACAAAAUUGAAAAUAAAUUUCUUUCCAAUUUGAAA